AUGGGUCUGGAUGUUCCGGUGGACUUCCCUGCCAACAAGUUGAAAUCUGGUGCUGGUGAUGCUGUUCUUUACGUCCUGGAUGCUCUGGCGGAUGCGGCUUUGAUUCAUAUUGAUUUUCGAUGGCAAAAAAUGAUCCCACCUGAAAGGGAAGACGAGGAUGUGGCUGUGGAUCAGGAGGAUGAGGACGAUGAUGAAGUAUCUGAAGCAGAGGAGGAAGACUACAUCGAUGAAGACGAAGGUGUUUUCGUUGAUCUCUCCGCUCCCCUCAAUAAUGAAAACCAGGAAAAUCCUAUGCAAGCUGUUCUUCACAGCAAUACUGAUGCAACUUCAUGGUACGAAGAGGUUGAGAGAGUUACUCCGCUAUUGAAGAUUACUAUCAGACAAGAUGCAAAGGACUGGCGAAUGCACCUAGAACAGAUGGGCACACUUCACAAAGCAAUGUCUGAACUCGUUGACGAGCUCAACCCAAAGCUAGAAGAGAUUGCGGAUGAGGUAGAGAAAUCACUGGAACGUAUUGAAACACGAGAACGAACAUUGAAUCAGCAGUUAGGCGUAUGGAUGGGGCGUUAUAAAGAAUCGCAAGACGCUAGAGCGGAAGUCCGGGAAAGAUACAAAUCUGCAUCAGGUGGAGUUACAGAGCGAACUGCCACAUUGCAAAGGAUCUCUGAAGAUAUUGACCAAAUCAAAAUGCAAAUCGAAGAGCAAGGAGCAAAAACGAGUGACGGAGCCCCAAUGAUGAAAGUGAAGCAAGCGAUUCUGAAAAUCGAGGAAGAGAUUCAACGGAUGAAUGUGCAAAUCGGUGUGCUCGAACAGAAUCUGCUUCAAACUCAGCUCAAAGAAAGGGUCUCGUACGCUGCUGAAGCCUAUGGAGUUGCAUAG